AUGACAUAUCUUGAUCCGAUGGAUACAUCAAUUCCAGAAUUCCCUAUGCAUGAAGACGAAGAAGCUGGACCCAGUAUGAAAUCCAACGAAGAAGAGGGGCCAAGCUGUCUGGUCUGUGGAAGAAUUGCAAAUACCGGACAUCAUUAUGGAGUUACAGCUUGUCUGGGAUGCAAAACUUUCUUCAGACGAGUCGUUCUUCAAAAGAAUUCACCUAAAUGCAAGUAUAAGAAUCAGUGUAAACUCGAGAAGACUGAAAACGCAAAAAGACUCUGCAGAAGUUGUCGCUACCAAAAAUGUUUGAAUGUGGGAAUGACAGAAGAUGCUCUUCACCCUUGCCGUGAUGUGAUUGGUCGCCGAGCUCGUCAACCCUCAUCAGACUCAUCUCCAAUUUCCAGUCCACCAUCAAUAUCUCCACAAUUAUCGGGAUAUUAUCACCCUCCAUUUCUGACUCCGGUGUCCGAUUCACAAAAAGAGUUGCGCGUAACUAUUCCUCUGUGCUUUCCCCUAGUGUGUACGUUGCAGAUAUGCAAAAUGAUGUCCUUAUGCGAAGGCGACUACGAACUAUUGCAGACAAUCACCGACACGGACACAGACAUUCGGACACGGACGGCACAUAUUCUGGGAGAGCCGUUGAAUGAAGAAGGACAUCAGAUUCACUUUUAUAGUCCACCUCCCGAUUAUUCGAAUGUUUCUGUGAAUCAUGGAAUUGGCCCAUCGUUGAAAGUCGACAUUAUUCUUCUCAAAGAAUGGGUCAGUCGGAUUCCAGGCUACCCCGAACUCAGUGAACGGUUCCAAGAGCACCUUAUGUCUCGCUUCUGCUUGAGAUACACAGUUAUUGAACAUGGCCUUUUCACAGCUCAAAUGCCGUAUCACAAGAAUGUUUGGUUCCUUUCCGACCGAACAUGUCUGGUCAGUGAAUUCGAAGACCUUCCCAAAGAAAUCAAAUGCCAUCUGACCUCAAAAGUUAUCAAGGAGCAAAAACUGCUUGCUCCAUUCACAGAAAUGCUCAUUCACGAUGUGGCCGAUCCAUUGAGAAAAUUAAAACCAGAUUCUGUGGAGAUUGCCAGUGUUAAGACAUUGAUGUUGCUCAAACCAACAUGUCUGAAAGUAGUAGAAGGAGAUUAUUUGGCGACACAAAAUGAUCUGAAAAUAAUCAAUGAAGUUCGCAAUCGAGUUCUUUCUGGAUUAUUCUCUCACUAUGUCAAGAAAGGUUUGGAUCCAGAAGCUCUGCCGAUUAGGAUUAGUGAGAUUCUCGAAUUGACUGGUGGAGUGGAAACGUGUGCGAAUCGGGCUCUCGAGGAAAUGCAUCUGCUUCGUGUCUUCAAUUUAUCCGCCUUUGACCAGUACAGUGAGGGAGUGAUUUUUGGAUUGUGGCGAGACUAUUAA